AAUGGAGGAACAAUCAUUGAAAUGACCACAGCAGAGGCAGCUGACUACCUCAAAAAGAAUGAUGUAAAAGAAGAACUCAUCAAGAACCUAGACCUGAAGGUGGUCUUCAAAGACAGAGCAUAUCUGGUAGUUAUACAAUUUGUCCCACUAACUUUCAAUCCUAACAGUGAAAAUGAAAUCUGCAAACUCGAGCAAGAGAACGACUGGGAAGAAGGAGCCAUAUCAAUGGCAUGUUGGAUCAAACCUCCCAACAAGAGAGCAGACCAACAAUGA